UUCCGCCGUCUGGAUCACUGGUUUUUUUAAUCCGGACUGUUUUUUGGGGUGGUGGCUGUGUGCUUUCCAUUCUCAAACCGCUCCUAAGUUAUUGUGGGGGUAUUAUUUCACAGCGAACACUCACUAGACUUUAGUUUUUAAGCGCCUCGUGAAAUAAGCUAGUUUCCAGACUGGCGAAGGACAACUGCGUCCGACUUCUGCCAAGAGUUUCUCUUUUUUUUGAGGGAAAAUAAGUUCGCACAAAGAGCCUUAAAAACCUGCGCCCCAUUCGGCAACUUCUUCACCAAGUUUCCGGCUAACACGGACCGAUGCAGGCCAUAAAGUGUGUGGUUGUGGGAGACGGGGCUGUGGGAAAAACAUGUCUGCUCAUCAGCUACACCACUAACGCUUUUCCUGGAGAAUACAUCCCCACUGUGUUCGAUAACUACUCCGCCAAUGUGAUGGUGGAUGGCAAACCCGUCAACCUAGGGUUGUGGGAUACCGCUGGCCAGGAAGACUACGACAGACUCCGCCCCCUCUCCUACCCCCAGACGGAUGUGUUCCUCAUCUGCUUUUCUCUCGUGAGCCCCGCAUCCUUUGAGAAUGUGCGAGCCAAGUGGUAUCCCGAAGUCAGACAUCACUGCCCCAACACUCCCAUAAUUCUCGUGGGCACCAAGCUCGAUCUCAGGGACGACAAGGACACUAUUGAGAAACUGAAGGAGAAGAAGUUGACUCCCAUCACGUACCCACAGGGCCUGGCGAUGGCCAAGGAGAUAGGAGCAGUGAAAUAUCUGGAGUGCUCAGCGCUGACGCAGAGGGGCCUGAAGACAGUGUUUGAUGAGGCCAUCCGUGCCGUGCUUUGCCCCCCACCCGUCAAGAAGAGGAAGAGGAAAUGCUUGUUACUCUAAGUACCCGUGAAUACAUGCCUGCACUUGCAGGAUGGGGACAGACAGACAGGCCAUGUUUGCUUAUUGUAACUAGUACUACUCGGUACUUACAAUAAAUAGAUUUUACCACACGCAGAAAAUCUUAGCUAGACUGUACUGUUAGCUUUAGGAAUGGAAAUGAUGAAAGACCUGCCCCCUUUUUCUUUUAAACUUCACUAAAGACUACAGAAAUUCCAGCGGCCUUCUAAAAACUACACUAACUUGUAAAAUUCUAGACUGUAAACUGAAUGUUCUUUUAACCUCAUUUUUAUUUCCUGUAAGAGAAUAUAUAUUGUUUAAACACUUUAGUUGUUGAGUCAAGGUGUUGCCAAAAUCCAGCAUUAAGAUCAAGCUAUAAUUCUAAGCAGAAAUAAUCUGUUUUUCCUCCUCCCCCUUUUCCUUGUUUACGUUUCUGUGAAGUCGAAGUAACAACCUGAGAUUUUGAAGGCAAUGGUUGCUUGAGGAGAAAUGAAACUACAACCAAAUUGAUUUGUGCAGACCUGUUGCUACGACAUUUGCUUUUAAAUUGGUACCACAAAAUACUAAAGACUCCUUUUGUCAAGGAACAUAUGGUGGAGACGAUAUGAAUAGAAAUGCAAUCUGUACUCGAACGGAUUUAGUUUAUGUACCAUAAUUGUGUCCAUUAUACCCGAAUGAUCCAAGUUGGUUCUAGGGGAAUGUUAUAUUCUAGCAGUGUUUUACAAAGAACUUCCCCAUUUGUCAUGGGGUAGCUGUGUGAGGACAUGGUAGGCAUGCAUAUACUUCACAUGCAUCAUCUCUCUGAUAUAUCACACCAAACUCGAGCCACCUAAUCCCAGGAUGUGUUAUUUACCUUUUGUCAUAAUUCAGGACUGAAAGAGUCUUGGAUAAUUACAGUAAUUGUUCAGUAGUCCAGUAGCUUUCAAUUUUUUUUUUUAUUUUUUUUUUAUCAAUCAACUACAUUUUCCAAAUGUGAUGCGCGAUUUAGGGUAACUCCAAUUGUUUGUAUACCAACCUUUAGUUCAGAAAUGGAAACGCUGACCACAGUCUGGCUACCAGGGUUGGGUCAGUAUCUUUGAUCUUAUUUUUUAAUCAACGAAGUUAUACAUCACUGUAUUUUAACUAACAUUAUGUGUAACGCAUCAGUUAGUUUAAUAGCAUGAAUCUCAUUUUUUAAUAUGUAGGCUAGUAUUUUUUUGGGUUAUUCAUUUCUGGUAUUUGUUUGUUCACAUACACUGUGCUAUGGCUAGUUUAUAUGGGGCACUGGAGCGGAACAGUGAAAACCCGCUGGCAGCUUAUUACCAAAGGAGCUAAUUCUUCACCUCGUAACUUUCAGCUUUCUCUACAACGCAUUUCCAGAACAAUCCUUUAAACAUGACUGUCAUACAGCAACUUGCAAUAACACCUUUAGCUCGCUUUGUAAAUAAACUGCCUUAUUUUUUUUUUUAGUUUUUCUUGCGGCUUCCCGGUUAUACAGACACGAAGUUUGAUUGAAACACAGGGAAAUCCUUUAUUCCAUCGCUGCUCAAUUCGUCCCACCGGAAGUGACUCCCAACAAAAUGUUCUGUCCCCAUACCCCAUAUAAACUAGGCGAAUCACAGUGUAGACAAACAAUUACCAAAAAUAACCCAAAAAAUACUAGCCUAUAUAUUCAAAAAUAUGAUUCAUGCUGUUGAAGUAGCGGAGUUACAUUAUGAAUAUUGCUCAUUACCUCUUAAUGCAAGUAACUUUACUUAAAGCUGUAUAGCUUUUAAAAACUGCUAAAAUUACAGUAUGCAAAGUACUUCACUUACUGACUGGUAGAAUUUAGUAAAUCUGAAAUGUUUAUCUUCCGUCAAACACUCAGUUGGCACAGCCCGAUGUGCUCAAGUAAUUUGUUUGUGCUCAGGCAUUUAGCUGUGUACGUUCAGGAAGAAUACAGACGCUUCUGGUAUGACCUCGGCUUUCUGGGUAAAUUUGUUUCCUUUUACACUUUUUUUUGCUGAAUUAAAGAGUAAGCCAAUAAAUUUGAAUAAAACAA